UCCGCCGCGGCGACUGUUGGGCCCGACCUGGCGGGUGUGGUUUGCUUCUUUUCUUCGUGGACCCGGUGCUGGGCGUCGGGGAUUGGUGCUCGCCGUCCGGCAGCGCAUGUUUUCCGGUGAGGGCGGCGGGCCGCCGGUGUCCGCGGCAGUGAAGGUGCAGGAGCAUGGCCGCCUCUGGGUCUGAGAAGAGCAGCAAGAAGAAGACGGAGAAGAAGCUCGCGGCCCGCGAGGAGGCGAAGCUGCUGGCGAGCUUUAUGGGGGUGAUGAACACCAUGCGCAAGCAGAAAACUCUGUGUGAUGUCAUUCUUAUGGUUCAAGACAGAAAGAUCCCAGCUCAUCGUGUUGUACUUGCUUCAGCCAGUCAUUUUUUUAACUUGAUGUUUACUACAAAUAUGCUUGAAUCAAAAUCCUUUGAAGUGGAGCUAAAAGAUGCAGAACCUGACAUUAUUGAACAGCUUGUGGAGUUUGCUUAUACUGCAAGAAUCUCAGUUAACAGCAAUAAUGUCCAGUCUUUACUAGAUGCAGCAAACCAAUAUCAAAUUGAACCUGUGAAAAAGAUGUGUGUGGACUUUUUAAAAGAACAAGUUGAUGCUUCCAAUUGCCUUGGUAUAAGCGUGUUAGCAGAAUGCCUAGACUGUCCAGAGCUGAAAGCCACUGCAGAUGACUUUAUCCAUCAGCAUUUCACUGAAGUUUACAAGACAGAUGAGUUUCUUCAGCUUGAUGUUAAACGUGUGACUCAUCUCUUGAACCAAGAUACACUGACAGUGAGGGCAGAGGACCAGGUUUAUGAUGCAGCAGUCAGAUGGCUGAAGUACGAUGAGCCAAAUCGCCAGCCGUACAUGGUCGAUAUUCUUGCUAAAGUCCGAUUUCCUCUUAUAUCAAAGAACUUCUUGAGUAAAACAGUUCAGGCUGAACCACUUAUUCAGGAUAACCCAGAAUGCCUUAAAAUGGUGAUCAGUGGGAUGCGAUACCAUCUGCUUUCCCCAGAAGACAGAGAAGAGUUAGUGGAAGGUACGCGGCCAAGAAGAAAAAAGCACGAUUAUCGCAUUGCUCUGUUUGGAGGCUCACAGCCCCAGUCCUGCAGAUAUUUUAACCCAAAGGAUUACAGCUGGACAGACAUCCGAUGUCCCUUUGAAAAGCGCAGGGAUGCAGCUUGUGUCUUCUGGGACAACGUAGUUUAUAUUUUGGGUGGUUCCCAGCUCUUCCCUAUAAAGCGAAUGGACUGCUACAAUGUGGUGAAGGAUAGCUGGUAUUCCAAGCUAGGACCUCCAACACCUCGUGAUAGCCUUGCAGCCUGUGCUGCUGAGGGCAAAAUUUAUACAUCUGGUGGUUCAGAAGUGGGAAAUUCUGCACUGUAUUUAUUUGAGUGCUAUGACACACGAACAGAAAGCUGGCACACGAAGCCCAGCAUGCUGACUCAGCGAUGCAGCCAUGGAAUGGUAGAGGCAAACGGUCUCAUUUAUGUAUGUGGAGGAAGCCUGGGAAACAAUGUUUCUGGAAGAGUCCUAAAUUCCUGUGAAGUUUAUAAUCCAGCCACUGAAACGUGGACUGAGCUGUGUCCAAUGAUUGAAGCCAGGAAGAAUCACGGGCUGGUGUUUGUAAAGGAUAAAAUAUUUGCUGUGGGUGGACAAAAUGGCUCAGGUGGCCUUGAUAAUGUAGAAUAUUAUGAUAUCAAGAUGAAUGAGUGGAAGAUGGUGUCUCCAAUGCCAUGGAAAGGUGUGACCGUGAAGUGUGCUGCUGUGGGAUCUGUAGUCUAUGUCCUGGCUGGCUUUCAGGGUGUUGGUCGAUUAGGGCACAUUCUUGAAUACAAUACUGAGACAGACAAGUGGAUAGCCAACUCCAAAGUCCGUGCUUUCCCAGUGACAAGUUGUUUAAUUUGUGUUGUGGACACUUGUGGGGCAAAUGAAGAAACUUUAGAGACCUGAAGCCCUGUAGGAAAUGCCGAGACAUUCUUCAAGGACUUGGGGAAAGAUGGCCAUUGUUUCUUUGCUUCUUUGUUUUAAUG